AUGGCCACCGUCACCUCAGCAGCUGUUGCCAUCCCAUCAUUCACCGGCCUCAAGUCGGCCAAGUCCACCGCCGCAGCCACCACCACCGCCAGGGUCUCCGUCGCCGCAGCCCCGAAAUUCGCCGGCGUCAGGGCCUCAAUGAAGGACCUGGGCAUCGCCGUGGCCGCCACGGCCGCCACCGCGAUGCUGGCGGGCAACGCAAUGGCCAUCGACAUCCUGCUCGGCAGCGACGACGGCUCCCUGGCCUUCGUCCCCAACAGCUUCACCGUCGCCGCCGGUGAGACCAUCACGUUCAAGAACAACGCCGGGUUCCCCCACAACAUCGUGUUCGACGAGGACGAGAUCCCCAGCGGCGUGGACGCGUCCAAGAUCUCGAUGUCGGAGGAGGAUCUGCUGAAUGCGCCUGGGGAGACCUACAAGGUGGCCCUGACUGAGAAAGGAGAGUACACUUUCUACUGCUCUCCUCACCAGGGCGCCGGCAUGGUUGGCAAGGUCACUGUUAACUGA